AUGUGGCAUAUUUUUCCAGGCGAUGAAUACCGUGCGGAGCUCGUCGCAGCAGGGCUCUCAACUCAAGCCAUUGAUGGGAUUUCAAAAAUCGGAGAGACGGCCUAUAUUUCUUUUGGGAAGAGAGAAUCACCAAGUUUCCAGGAUGCUAUUCAUGACGUGACCAAGUUGUUUUUGGAUGUGGAAAAGUUUAUGAAGACUCAAUCGGAGCAAAAUCAGAAGUCGUAUGCCGCCUACGUGGAGAAGAAGAAAAAAGAGUUAGAAAAUUGA